UUCAUCUGAAGGUUACGUCUUCCCUUAUUUUUGUCUUCUCUUCCCAGCUUUUCAAGAUGUCCGACCAGCAACAGAGCGCCGAAGCUCGUGAGCUGUCUUUAGUCUCAAACGUGGAGUUUCGAAUUGCUCUUGCAGACUCCGAUGAGAAGCUCCAGCAACUCUUGCAAAAGUACCUAGCUCCCUUGCUCUUGAAGCUGGCUUCCGAACAUGUCGCGGUGCGCAAUAAAGUGAUCGCAGUCUGCCAGCAUGUGAAUACUCGUAUCCAACCCCUCACAAUAGACCUCCCCCUCCCAGCCUUGCUGAAGCAAUUCAAGGAGAUACGCUCGCCACUUGUGAGGCAUUUUGAUUUAAUUUAUAUUAAACUGGCGUUAGACCGCUUUACCCCAGUUCGUAGGGCAGAAGUUUUCCCCGAGUUGGUCCAGGGCGUGUCACAGCUCGAAGAAGAGGCUGCGGACGCUGCCAGUGCUUUUAAUUUGAUAUUGAGGUGCUUGAUAGCUCUAAAGCUUCCACAAAAAGGCAGUGAUGAAAACUUGUCGUUUCGCAAGAACCUAGGCAUCUCCGACGAAGAUGCCCGCUUUCUAUCGAAGUGGUUCGGCAACCUUGUCUUGCUCGUACCGGCUGGAAACAAAGCCACAUGCACCAGCCUGUCGGAAGCAGAAUACAAAUUUUUGAACAAAAAUGCCCCCUUCAACGAAACGUGGAAUCCUUCAAGCCCUGGGGGAUUAAAUCUGACUGACAGUAAAAUCGCUGCUCUGAACUUUCUGGCCAGUGGUGCAUUCAACGAAAGCGAGCGGUUUAUUCCAGCCAUAAUUGCGAGUGCAGACCCCAAUCACAAGAUUUCAACCAUCGGCGAGGAGAUGCUUAAGCAAUCCGGAACGGACAUGGAAAGUGACGACGUCGUACAUCGGCUCUUCGACUUAUACCCGAGAGCCAAAGAGGCAGAGGCUAUAUCGACUACUCGUCCAGCGCUACAAAUUAAGAUAUUCAGCCUAUUAUGCAAAUCGGUCAAAGCCACAACUGAAACGGACAGAAUCAAGCAGCUUUUUGAAGACAAAAUUAAUUUUGCAACCGUGAUGCUUCAGGGCGGUCUGGAGGGCUCGAAGCUACGAACCCAGCUGCUCAACUUUAUUACGUGGUUCGCUCGAAUGGCUCCCUCGGCCCCAGUAUUGGCUCCAGGAAUCAUUAAGCUCCUGAAAGCAUCUGUCGAAGCACACGGCUGGCCGGCUCUUUCAAACAAAGGCAACGCUUCCGAACAGAAGCUGAGAAGUCUGACCUACGAAACCAUUGGUUGGCUAUCGUCCAAGAUUGAUCAUACCUCGGAAGAGGGCGGGGCUGCUGGCUACAGUCUUAUCAAAUGGUUAUUUAUCGCUCUCGCCUCAGACACGUCGAGCGACGAGAUAUUCGUCAGCAUUGAUCAAGCCCUGGGAAAUGUAAUGAACUCAGCUGCACGAAAUUUAAACGCCGAUAUAACUCGACGACUCCGAAUUCUGUUGAUGUACUACAUGACUGCAGAACCGGGCGAGGUGGAUAAAAGAUCAAGAUAUACAAUUGCCCGCAGUGUGAAAUUUGCAGCUGUUCGCUUUGCAAAUAAAUGUCUCCCGUUUAGUGAUGUCGAGGGACGUUGGAUCAAUAUGAUGGCCCUGGCAGCUGAUCCAGACCGAGACCUUAAACUCGUCGAAGAAGGACGAAAGGGGCUCGAUCCGUACUGGUACCGUGUCUUGAAUCCUCCGAACAUCAACUACUCUCCCAAUUCUCCCACAUCAUCGGACGCAGAAGACCUCUAUCGAUUUCCAAGGUUUUCAGAACUAGUGGAAUCUGUGUUUCUUCGGACAGAUGACAGAAAUCCUAACGUGAAAACCGGCUUCCAGUCGACCCCUAUCUAUAGUGAUUCUUACGCCAAUGCCUACCCUUCGGCAAUGACUUUCAUUCGAAAUAUUUUCCUAUGUGAAGCGUUGUCAUUCUCACAGGUUCCCUUUGACGCUGAGCAGCCUUAUUGGGAGGAGCGACUAGAUACAAUAAUCUCGACAAGUGAAGCUGCGCGCGAGGCAGUGCGAAAGUAUCUUAGACAGUUCCAAUCCGACAAUAUUAUUAAACAAUUCUUGGUUGCUUUUCUCAAGGGAACAGUGCGGAAGCUGGGAACGCCGCUUGGGCGGACGGUUGAGCACUUCGUGGAAAUUGCCUCUUUGACGCCAAACAAUGUUCUGCAACAGCUUGAUCCAAUUGCGAUAUUUUUAAGAGUUGGAGUAGAGGCUACUCGCUCGAAUAACCAAGAUAUGAUUGCGCAUAGUUUCGGCAUUUUGGAGUCGCUCCCCAAUGCGGAAACCCGGGAUCGAGAGAAGGUAUCGAGAGAUCUUUUGGACAAGACCUUGUCCUGGCGUAACGCUGUAGGAUCGGCUGCCGAUGGGGUUCGCGGACACAUCCUCAUGUUGAUGUACUUUUUGACACGGUUGUCAUACCGAGGACUCAAGCAAACGUUACUAGCCACCCAGGUCCGGCACUUCAAUGUGGUUCUGUUUGAAAUUCUUGCCCAUUCAAGAGACUCAACCCUUCGAGAUACAGCGAUAGUAUGUCUGGGACAACUGAGUCUGAGCUCGCUUUUAGGUCCAGAUUUCCUCAGUGAAGAUAUAAGCCUGGAGAAGUUGUUCGAGAGGAUCUUGGUGGACGCUAAGGCGGGAAAGGAGUCCGCGAUACUAGCAUUGGGUCGACUUUCUUUGGCACUCCCAAAAGAGAAUGACAGUUCAUCUGGCGUUUUCGACCGCCUUUUACAAUCGUUGUAUGAUUUACACGAUAUCCGUGGUGUCGAAGUUCAACUUACCGUUGGCGAGGCAUUAAGCGUUACUGCUGUUGGCUGGGCCUCGAAAUCCUUACUCACUGCGUUCGAUGUAGAUGCUGAACGACCCCAAUCGAACAUUCCGUCGGAUGUUCUUUCGAAUAUGCUAGAAAAAAUCCUCCUCGACUGCAGAGCCUCCAAACCGUCGUUAAGAAGAGCCUCCGCUGUGUGGCUUUUAAGCCUGGUUCAGUAUUGCGGCCAUUGUCAGCCAUUGCAAGAUCGCCUUCGGGAAUGUCAAGUGGCUUUUAUCUGGCUCCUCUCUGAUCGCGAAGAAAUCGUUCAGGAAACCGCCUCCCGUGGAUUGAGCCUUGUUUAUGAAAUGGGAAAUCAAAGCCUCAAAGAUGACCUGGUUCGUGACUUGGUACGAUCCUUCACCACCGAACAAUCCAAUCUGGGGGGUGGAAAGGUUUCCGGUGAUACUGAAUUGUUUGAGCCUGGCGCACUACCAACUGGAGACGGCUCUGUCACCACUUAUAAAGAUAUUGUUGGGCUAGCUUCGGAAGUCGGAGAUCCAAGUCUUGUGUAUCGGUUCAUGUCACUGGCAUCGAACAACAGCGUUUGGUCCAGCCGUGCCGCUUUUGGCCGGUUUGGUCUUAGCAAUCUUCUAUCGGAUUCAAGCGUGAACGGAUAUCUCGCCCAAAAUCCAAAGAUCUAUCCCAAACUAUACCGCUGCAGGUUUGAUCCAAAUCCGAAUGUGCAAAGGUCGAUGAAUGACAUUUGGAAUGCGCUAGUAAAGGAUUCCAAUGCAGUAAUCAACACUAAUUUCGACGCGAUUAUGGAAGACUUGCUGAAGAGUAUCCUUGUCGGUAAAGAGUGGAGGGUCAGGCAAGCAAGCUGCGCUGCGAUUGCAGAUCUCAUUCAGGGUCGACCUAUUGAGAAGUACGACAAAUUUCUCAACGACAUACUUAACAAAGCCUUCAAGGUCCUCGAUGAUAUUAAGCUGACCGUUCGUGAAGAAGCUUUUAAGCUAUGUCAAGUAUUAAGCAAUAUUCUCUUACGGGCACUCGAAGAGGGAGCGCCACACUCAAAGAAAGCUCAAUUAAUGCUACAACAUAUCGUCCCCUUUCUACUACAGAACGGCAUGGAGUCCAGUGUCCAGGAAAUCCAAGCAUAUUCUAUCGCGACGAUGACUACGAUUGUUAAGAAGAGCCCUGCUGAAGCUUUAAGGCGAUUUGUCCCGGAUAUAUUAGAGAAGUUUCUUACAUCUCUGAGCUCUGUUGAGCCACAAGCAGUGAAUUAUAUUCAUUUGAAUGCAGAUAAGUACGGACUCACUGGACAACAAAUUGAUAAAAUGCGACUAUCGGCCAUCCGGAGCUCCCCGAUGAUGGAAUCCAUUGAGCUUCACCUACUUGAUACCUUGGAUGAUGAGAGUAUGAAAGAGGUGGCGGCGAAAAUUGAGCAUGUGUCAAAGUCGGCCAUUGGACUACCUUCAAAGGUUGGGUGUAGCCGUGUCCUGGUGAUUCUAAGCUCGAAGACCGUGCUCUUCCAGCCGUAUGCGGACCGUUUUAUUCAACUAACGAGAAAGUACGUUCUCGAUCGCAACGAUACGGUGAGCGCAUCAUAUAGCAAUGCCAUUGGGUAUAUGAUGCGGCUGGCAAGCGAUGAUGAGAUGCUGAAAACCAUUGCAUACGCUCAAAAGCUAUACUUUGAUUCGGAGGAUGCGUCGCAGCGGGCUGUCGCGGGUGAAAUCCUGCAUUCGAUUUCGAAGUACGCGAACGACCGGGUGAAUAGGGUUCUAGCCACGUUCCUACCAGUUGUAUUUAUUGGAAUGCAUGAUACCGAUAACGAGGUGAAAGAAUUUUUCAGCAAGGCAUGGAGUGAUAAUGCCAGUGGUUCUCGAAUGGUCUUACUCUAUUUAAAGGAAAUCUUGGGCCUAGUUUCUACUCAGCUUGACUCGCCACGGUGGGCCGUCAAACAUGCGUCAGCUCUCGCUGUCGCGAAGGUCGUUGCAUCCUUGGAUAAACAGGUCAAUUCAACGACGGCAAAGAUGGUUUGGCCAAGCGUCGAAAAGGCGCUUGGUGGGAAGUCUUGGGAAGGAAAGGAACAGGUUCUACACUCUAUGGUCCAAUUUGUAACCCGCGCAAAAUCAUAUGCGGAGAACGACAUCAGGGACCAAAUACGGACAAUUGCUCUUCGAGAAGCGAAAAGGAACAAUGUAUCUUAUCGGCCUCAUGCUCUCAAAUGCCUGGGAGAAGUGUCGGUGGUCCUCAGUGGGUUAGAUUUGGCUUCUGAUGCAAUUAAGAUUGUCACCCAGGUGAUGGAAGACAGCGCCGAUAUGUCUAAAGAUAAGAUGGACAUCGACUCUGCAAACAACGGCAAAUUAUCAAAGGUUGAAGAGGAAACGUUUGCGGCAUCCAUUGAAUGUUUACUAAAGUGUCUGGAUCCAUCAGUACCAUACGCAGCCUUGGGAGAGCAGAUAUCUCAGUCAGUCGCUCUUGUCGAAACGGCAGUGGUAAACGGUGGAAAAGCCGUCCACAACGUAUUGUACAUUGGGCUAAAAGCAUUCUUCGACCGAUUGUCGCCAUCGCCAGCUGAUUCUAUCAAGGAAUGUCAAGGUGCAUUCACAAUCUUAGUUGAUCGGUUAUUAUUCAACGAUAUAGAAGCACUGGUGGAAACCGCGAGAGCUGGACGCGCCAAAGCAAUUGACUCAUUCAUUGUUGUCUGCACACGCGGCGAUAUUGAUUUACAGCCAAAGUGGAGGCAGAUGAUCGAGAGGUGGAGUGCAGCGGAGCGGUCGGGACAAGUUAAAGUGCUGUUGAAUAUUGUUACCGGAAAGAUGCAAAAAGCACCGACAUCAGGUUAA